UGCACGUUCGCGUCUCAUCGGAGUACAAGAGAGAAAAAAAACAAAGGGGGAGCAUAACAGCAGCAGAGCCGAGAGUGCAGCGCGAGCUUAGCGAAGGAAGAAGCCAUGGGCGGCGCAUUCCGCGAAAAGGACGCGGUGUAAAGUAGCGUAUAUAGCGUGGGAGUGCAUAUAUACUCGACGUGUGUGCGACAACAGCGACGGAAAAAAGGUGCAGCAUGCGAGCGAAAAGCUGAUGAUCAUGUCGAUGAUAAUGCUGAUGCUGCUGCUGAUGCUCGACAUUGCCAAGCUAUGCUUAGGCUCGCCGAUGUUGCUGUUCGCCACCAACAAGGACAUACGCGUGGCGAACGUGUCGAGGACCAACAAGUUCGUCGCCAUCAUCGUCAAGGACCUGUCCGAGGGUGUUACGCUCGACUUCUACCACGAGAGAGGACUGGUCUGCUGGUCGGAUCCGGGGCUCGAGCUCAUACAGUGCGUGCACACCAACGGCACUUACACCCAGGAUCCUAUAACAGUGGUAAAUUCAAGUUUAAUCUCACCGGAUGGCCUAGCGUGCGACUGGUAUACGGGCAAGCUGUACUGGACGGAUGGUGAGAAAAACCGGAUCGAGGUGACGAGCAUCGAUGGACGGCAUCGUAAAGUCCUGUUCUGGGUUGAUAUUUAUCAACCGCGAGCGAUUGCUCUCGUGCCCAUGCGAGCCAUAAUGUUCUGGACCGACUGGGGCGACGUGCCGAAAAUCGAGAGAGCUGCGAUGAACGGCGAUCCCACCACCAGGAAAGUCAUUGUAUCCGAUGACAUUUUCUGGCCCAAUGGCUUGACUGUGGAUUAUGAGAACGAGUUGGUUUAUUGGGUCGACGGCAGAUACAAGUUCAUCGCAGUAAUGGACUAUAACGGACGGAAUCGUCGAAAAAUCGUGAGCGAGACUCUCGAAUAUCCAUUCGCAAUCACGUAUUUCGAGCAACGACUCUUCUGGACAGACUGGCGAACGUGGUGUAUUCAUACGUUAGACUUGCGUUCAUCAAAUGCUAAGUCGCGCGAGUACAUGCACGGCGAGUUCAUACCCGGUGACAUUGAAGUUUGGGACGCGAGGCGUCAGCCUCCACCAGUCAACAAUCCGUGUAAGAACAACAAUGGCAAUUGUUCGCACUUGUGUUUGUUGAGUACAAAGGCGCCGGGGUACAGCUGUGCAUGCCCCACGGGCGUCAAGUUGUUAGACGAUUACAAUUGCGCCAAAGGUCCACAAGAAUUGCUGCUGAUUGUGCAAAGGAACGAGAUCAGCAUGAUUUCAUUGGACUCGCCGGAUUACACGAACUUCGUGCUGCCGUUGACGGGCAUCAAGCAUGCUAUCGCAAUAGACUUUGAUCCCAUCGACGAGAUGUUGUAUUGGACAGACGAGCAGGCUCACGUCAUUAGGAGAGCGUAUCUAAACGGCACAGGGCAAGAAGACAUUAUAACAACGGAAGUUAAAAGUGCGGAUGGUAUAGCAGUCGAUUGGAUUGCUCGUAACUUGUAUUGGACCGACACCGGUACCGAUCGCAUCGAAGUAGCUAGACUCAACGGCACCAAUCGUAAAGUUCUCAUCCACGAAGAUCUGGGCGAGCCAAGAGCCAUUGCCUUGGCGCUCGAACUCGGUUGGAUGUUCUGGACCGAUUGGGAUGAUAAACGGCCAAAAAUCGAACGUAGCAACUUGGACGGCAGCGAGAGAACGCUUUUGGUGACGAAAGAUGUCGUUUGGCCAAACGGCGUAGCUUUGGAUCUGGAAAGGCGGAAGGUGUAUUGGUGCGACGCUAAAACCGACAAAAUCGAGGUUUGUAACAUGGAUGGAAGCGAUCGCGGAGAAGUGAUCACGGAAAACCUGCCUCACUUGUUCGGCUUCAGCUUACUCGGUGACUUUUUAUAUUGGACUGACUGGCAGCGUCGAAGCAUUGAUCGUGCACAUAAGCUUUCUGGUGGCGAGAGGGAAGUGAUAGUCGAACAGUUCCCUAACGUUAUGGGGCUUAAAGCUGUGCAUCGUGGAAGACCGAAUGGUACAAAUCCGUGCGCUAAAAACAACGGCGGGUGCAGCCAACUGUGCUUAAAUAGGCAAAUGGAUAGAUACGUGUGUGCCUGUCAGAUUGGCUACGAGCUUACUAAAGAUAAUCGGACUUGCGUGGUGCCCGAAGCUUUUCUACUUUUCACUAGGAAAGACAAGAUAGGUCGUACUAGCAUCGAUAAUGCCAAUAACGAUAACAUUAUUCCUAUUACGGGAAUUAAGGAUGCAAGUGCUCUUGAUUUUGAAAUAUCAGACAAUCGCAUCUAUUGGACUGACGUUAAGUUAAAAAGUAUAACGCGUGCCUUUAUGAAUGGAUCGGAAGUGGAAAAAGUAGUAGAUCUUGGUCUAGAGACACCUGAUGGUUUGGCAGUCGAUUGGAUCGCUCACAAUGUAUACUGGAGCGACACGGGUACACGUCGAAUUGAGGUUGUCCAUCUCGAGGGCUAUAGCCGUAGAGUGCUAAUUUGGCAAGAUCUUAUCGAGCCAAGAUGUCUCGCUCUAGAUCCCGAAAGAGGAUUCCUCUAUUGGACCGAGUGGGCAAAUACAGGUAGUAUCGAACGGUCGUGGUUGGACGGAUCGCACAGACAAUUAGUAAUAUCCGACAUUGGUCGUACCAACGGUUUAACGAUCGACCAUGCAGCUCGUCGUCUGUACUGGGCAGAUCUUUUCACUUUAUCGAUCGACAGCUAUGAUUUGAUAACAAAAAAGCGCAAACCCAUAAUCACCCAAAAUAUUGGCUACCCGUUCAGUGCUAUGCAGUAUCAGGACUAUAUCUACUGGACUGACUGGAACACUGGUCACAUUGAGCGAGUGAAUAAAACGACCGGAAUGAAUCGCACGAAAAUCCAUGACAAUCUGCAGGCUGUUACUGAUCUCUUGGUCGUUCAUAAAUCCAGACAACCGGGUUGGAAUACCUGUGCCAAUAACAAUGGUGACUGUAGUCAUCUGUGUAUAGCUCUGCCUAGUGUGGGAUCUGGCCUUUCAAAGACUCACAAGUGUUCCUGUCCUACGCAUUACACGAUAUCGUCCGAUAACAAAACGUGUAUCGCUCCGAAGAACUUCAUGGUGUAUAGUUAUCGCAACGCAAUGGGUCGCUUCUUACCCGACACAAACGACUGUCCAGAUGUGAGCCUGCGUGUUCAAGGUUUGAAGAAUGUACGCGCCAUCGAAUUUGAUCCAAUUACUCAGUACAUCUAUUGGAUUCGCACCGGCGAUGGGCGUACCUCGUCUAUUCGAAAAGCUCUUGAAAAUCGCACUCAUGCAGUAGUCGUACUUCCUGGCGGUACAGGUCAUCCGUUCGAUUUAGCUCUUGAUCCUCUCGGUCGAUUACUGUUUUGGUCUUGCUCGAUGAACGAUGCUAUCAAUGUAACGAGGUUAGACAGCGAUUCGACUCUAGGUGUAGUGGUAAAAGGUGAAGGUGAAAAACCUAGGAAUAUCGCGUUGCACCCAGAAAGAAGAUUGUUAUUAUGGACUGACGUGGGUGAGAAAAUGCGCGUGAUGCAGAGCUUGAUGGACGGCACAGAACGAGUCGUUAUUGCCUCGGAUCUCGAAACUCCAUCGGGUUUGGCAGUUGAUACUGCUGCAAAUCUUGUCUAUUGGGCUCAUGGAAGGCAGAUUGAGUUUGCUGAAUUGAACGGAGCUAAUCGUAAGAUACUUGUUGCGGCUGUCCAAGGGUCCGUUGUUCAUUUGUCGGUCUUAUUCGAUUAUGUAUACUGGUUCGACCGAGACAGUCAGAUAGUGGAACGAGUAGAUAAGACCACCGGUUCUGGGCGCAAAACCGUCAUGAGUAACCGUCCUCUCACCGAUCUCGUGGUCGUUAAACUUCCGAACAAUAUAGUAAUGGAAUCUAACGUCUGUAGUCCGUUACACGAAUACGGUGGUUGUUCACACAUCUGCAUUGGUGCUGGCGCCAGUCCAAGAUGUGCUUGUCCUCAAGGUCUCGUACUUACGGAAGAUAACAAAAAUUGUCGAGUUGCACCAACCUGUGGUGCCGAUCACUUCACAUGCCUCACUUCUAAGCUAGCUGACUUGAAAGAAUGUAUACCAGGCGCGUGGAAGUGCGAUGGUCAAAAGGACUGUCCAGAUGGUAGCGAUGAGAUUGGAUGCCCGCCGUGUAAUAGAGAUAUUUACUUCGAGUGUCACAAUGGCCACUGCAUUGAAAAUGCCUGGGUAUGCGAUGGUACAAAACAAUGCGCAGCUGGUGAGGACGAAUUGAACUGCUGUCGACCUGGUCAGUUCCGCUGUGUAAGCUCGAAUGUGUGCAUUUCGGCAUCAGCUUUGUGUGACGGCUGGGAAAAUUGCUCAGAUGGUAGUGACGAAUCCGCACCGACGUGUGCCUCGGCUACGAACCAUAGACAAGCUGUUGAUCCUGUCAACGACAGUGGCAAAAACACCUAUCUCAUCUCUGUGUUUGUUGCCAUGGCUGUUACAGCUCUUGUUAUUUUUGCUUUCUACUACUGUAAACGUCGAUUUAGCGGUAACGAAGGUUUACCUGAUAUUCUGCACGACUCGGCUGGCGAUCCACUGUCUCCAAAGAGCAGCAGAAUGGCUAAGCCUAUGCUGUCGCAGAAGAAUGGCAGGAAAGAUCUGAAGCCAGGUAUGGCUGUUAGGAUGUCAACAUUGAACGGUAGUAGUAUUAGCUCCAGCUAUGACCGCAGUCACAUCACGGGAUUUUCCUACUGUGCAUCGAGUUCCACACAUGCGAGUUCAGCAGGUUAUCCCCAGGAGACUCUCAAUCCACCUCCAAGCCCUGCUACCACGGCCAACUCGACACGUUGCUCUAGUAGCAAUGCGUCGCGUUAUCGGCCCUAUCGGAACUAUCGACAUAUCAACCAACCCCCGCCACCAACACCCUGCAGCACCGAUGUCUGCGACGAGUCGGACAGUAAUUAUCCACCAAUGCCCGGAUUCAGAUAUCCCUACGCAGGGGAGCCCUUUCCGCCACCUCCGACCCCGAGAUCCGUACUCUACCAAAGCGACACGGCAAUCAGUUGCCCGCCGUCGCCGGGCUCGAGGUCGUCGUGCUACUUCAGUCCCUUACCGCCGCCUCCAUCGCCUGUACCUUGAAUCGCCUGCUUCCGACGAUUCCGACUAGACUUUUUGUUCAUUCUCCUUUUUUUCUCUCUUGUAGAAGAGUAGCAUUUGUGGUUUAUCAUUAUUUGUUUGUUUGCAAAUAUUUUUUUGUUUUUGAAUUUAACAUUGUUUCAAGCAUUUGCAUUUGUCAUGUUACGAAAAAAUCAUUUUAUAGGAGACUAUUAUUUAUAAGUCAAAUUGAUGUUCAAUUUGUGGAGAGGAAACAGUGCAAAUAUCUGAUUCAAGAAUCGAAUCUGCAUGUACAAAGUCCAAAAGCCAUAGUGCCUUUAAGAGAUCGUGGCUUGCACCCAUGAUAGAUUGUAAAUAUGUUGUAAGUGCGAUUGUGCAAUGUUUACCGCGAACCUUAGUAUGAUUGCUAAUAGAUAGCGUAAGAAUACAUGACUUUUUUACUCUGUAUGAAAUAACAAUGGAUUUUAUCUCAAGACAAUUUCAGUGUAUAUUAGAGUCCUAUAUUUGACUAUAAAUAGAAAAAAAUGUUUAUAUAAUUGUCAAUGACAUUACUUUAUAUACAUUAUGUAUAUUACAUGCAUGAUAUUGUUGUGUCUAAUUGUUUUGAGAUUGAAUACGUUUUCUUUCGAAGUAUGAAAGGGAUGAGCAAAAUUAAUAAGUUUCGUAUUGUUACUUGUGAUAUGAUAAUUAUCAUAUCGUAUAUUUUACGUCGUUAACGGAAAAAAUAUUUACAUUAUUUAUGUUCCUUAUGUUAAGUAGUUGUUAACCAAAGGUUGCAUUUAAAUUACUGCGCAUAGUAUUCUCCCCGUAUAGUAUAAUUAUUAGAGAAAAAGAACAACAAUCACAUAGACACUUUGAGUAAUAUGUAAUUAUUGGUUUUUCAAAAUUUGGAAAGCGAUCUACAGGUCAUAAGUUAAACUAUCAUAUAUUUCUUCUUUAUCACAAUCAAACAUUACACAAAUUAAAAUUAUAUGAUUAA